CAAAGCUGUUGGUGUUGACGGUUGUGAAAAAUGGCGGCGCGAGGAGGUGGCUCGGCUGGGCUCGAGCUGCUUCGGCGGCUGCCGCGAGUCUCUCUUGCCAACCUGAGACCGAACCCUGGCGCGAAGAAGAAGGAAAAAAGACGUGGCAGGGGAAUCCAUGGAGGGAAAAAGAGUGGCCGAGGUCACAAGGGGCAAACCCAGCGUGGAAAUCGGCCCCGAUUAGGAUUUGAAGGUGGACAGACUCCAUUUUACAUUGUUAUUCCAAAAUAUGGAUACAAUGAGGGGCACAGUUAUCGACGACAAUACCAACCACUAAGUCUAAAUCGUCUUCAGUAUUUAAUAGAUCUGGGUAGAGUGGAUCCCAGUCAACCUAUUGAUCUGACCCAAUUAGUGAAUGCGAGAGGAGUAACUGUCCAGCCACUCAAACGAGACUACGGAAUCCAGCUAGUGGAGGAGGGUGCUGACAACUUUGUAGCAAAAGUAAGCAUUGAAGUCCAGUGGGUAUCAGAGCUUGCUAUAGCUGCAAUUGAAAAGAAUGGUGGAAUUAUAACUACAGGAUUCUAUGAUCCACGAAGUUUGGAUGUUUUAUGUAAGCCAGUGCCUUUUUUUCUAAGAGGACAACCUAUUCCAAAACGCAUGCUUCCACCUGAAGAACUGGUUCCUUACUAUACAGAUGCACAAAAUCGUGGUUAUUUAGCAGACCCAGCAAAAGUUCAAGAAGCACGGAUAGAUCUUGCUAAGAAAUAUGGCUAUAUUCUACCAGACAUCACUAAAGAUGAAAUGUACAACAUGUUAACAAUGCGUAAAGAUCCUCGACAAAUUUUCUUUGGGCUUGCUCCUGGUUGGGUGGUAAACUUAUCAGAAAAGAAAAUUUUAAAACCAACUGAUGAAGAGCUGUGUAGUUACUAUAGUUCUUGAAACUGAUAAUGAUGUAGUUGUAACUUAAUGUUGAUUAUUUGUCAAUGUGAACUAAGUAAUGAAUUAAAUGUUUGUUUUCUACUUGGUUAUGUAUUUCUGAGUUGAAGUUUUCUAUUGACUUUAAGUAGAUACUGGCAUUAAAACUUAGCUAGUAACUGGUGGUAUUGCUCAUGGUGAUUUGGAAGAUGUACUGUUGUUCUUUGAUUUAAUGCACAAUGUAUUUUAACAUUGUAUUCUCCUGUGCUGGUGCUCUUGGAGAAAAAUUAAAAUAAAUUAACUUUUAAUCUUUACAA